UCUGUUGCCAAACAUCAAAAUUUNCAUCUUUGCGUUCUUGCAUCCAAUUGUGAUGAACCUAUGUAUGUGAAGCUGGUUGAAGCUCUUUGUGCUGAACAUCAAAUCAAUCUGAUAAAGGUUGAUGAUAACAAGAAGCUUGGUGAGUGGGUAGGUCUCUGCAAGAUCGACAGAGAAGGAAAACCUCGUAAAGUUGUGGGCUGCAGUUGUGUGGUUGUUAAAGACUAUGGAAAAGAAUCUCAGGCCAAAGAUGUCAUCGAAGAAUACUUCAAGUGCAAGAAAUGAACAAAUAAAAUACAUUUGAGCUGACAGUA